AUGGCUACAGGAGGAGGAGGAGAAGAUGCAACAGCACAGCGUAUUUUACGCAUUACAGACAUUGUCCAGAAGCCGCUUGAAUUUAUCACACCCAUUGGUGGCUAUGAAGAAAUGCCACUUGUUCCACUUGAAAUAGCUGUUGAACCACUUGUUUCUAUUCUACCAGCUGUUCAAAGUCAUGCAUAUAUUGCCAAACAACGAUGUAAGAAUCCUGCCGAUGAAUUGACACAAGAUGAAUCCGCCUCGAUUAUGCUAUACACGAUGAAAUGGGAACCACUCGAUGAAUGUCUAUACUUCGUUUUGAAUGAUACAUUACGAUCAUCACAACGACAACAAAAACUUAAACCAUGGUACUUAUUUAUAAGACUCUUUCUUAAUGCGUUGUUUCGUCUUCCACCGCUUCUGAAAACUGCAUACAGAGGUGUUAAAUUAGAUCUGAGCAAAAAAUAUAUCGCAGGAAAAACAAUCGUCUGGUGGAGUUUCUCAUCUUGCACAACAGCCGUUAAUGUUCUAGAAUCAGAACUAUUUUUUGGAACGGCAGGUGACAGAACAAUGUUUACCUUACAAUGUCAAUCAGCUAGAGAUAUUCGUAAGCAUUCGUAUUAUCCAGCUGAAAAUGAAGUACUUCUUAUGGCUGCAACUCAAUUCCAAGUAAUGGGUUGUCUUAAUCAAGGAAAUCUUCACAUUGUUCAACUGGAAGAAACUCGUCCACCAUUUCCACUGUUACAACCAGUACCAGUUGUUAUUCCAAAACCGAUCAGUCCAACUUCCUCAAAAGCCUCGACAACGACUGCUGCUGUAACAACCGAAGCAAAAAAACAGACACAGUCCAGCAAAUCUCAAAAGGAUACAACUGCAGUAGCCGCCACUGCCAGUGCCACUAACGUUGGUACCAGCUCCAUCGUGAAACAAAUGUCUACCAUGGAAAUCAAAGCAUCGCCAAACAAAGGUAGGAUGUCGUUGAUUAUCGCCUUGAUAACGAGAUUCACAAGUAGUGAUGCAAGUCAUGUGAUUCUAAUAGCUCUUAUUCCUCAGACACAUAGAGCAUACGGAAAACCUUAG